CGAUUACUUCCUGUAACCUGUUCCACUUCCUCUGUAAAACCCUAAUUUUUCGAUUCUUUUUUAUGUUUCUCUCUCUAAAACCCAACUUUCUCUCUCAUCAACAACAAAUCUCGAUCCCUCUCACUCCGAUUCAUUGCCCAAAUCACACAUCCACUUCCAAUUGCUCCUCACGACGUAACCUUCUGAAGCCCCUCACUGCUAUUGCAAGAUCCGCUGGUGGCUCCGAUUGCGCAGUGAGUGAUUUUCGACUAGGGUUUCGCUUUGGGUCCGUUAAGGCUGGCGGGUAUUCGGGUCAAGUAAAUGGCGGAUACGGUUGGUAUCCGCCUCCGCAACUGCUACAAGUGUGGUGUUACUACAACAGUUCCGGGAGCCAGCGGAGUCGUUGGUUCACGUUUUCGAUUGGUGGCGUCGUUGAUAGGUUUACAGUGCGGUGACGAUAGCGAAGAGUGAAGCAUGCUGAGCGUGCUGCGAGUGCACCUCCCUUCUGAUAUUCCAAUUGUAGGCUGUGAGCUCACGCCUUAUGUGCUCCUAUGCCGACCCGACAAGACCGUUACCACCGACGAUGUCCCCGAGACAGCCCCUUUAGACGGCCAUUUCUUGCGCUACAAGUGGUAUCGUGUACAGAGUGAUAAAAAGGUUGCUGUUUGUAGUGUACAUCCAUCUGAGCAGGCCACACUGCAGUGCCUAGGUUGUGUUAAGGCUAGAAUUCCUGUUGCCAAAAGCUACCAUUGCACUUCAAAGUGUUUUUCUGAUGCAUGGCAACAUCAUCGUGUCUUACAUGACCGUGCUGCAAGUGCAGUUAAUGAAAAUGGAAAUGAGGAGGAGGAGUUGUUUGGGCGAUUCAAUAAUUCUGGGUCUGGGUCAAUCAAUACCAGCUUAUCUGCCUCUGCAUCAAGUGCUAGCUUGACAAAUGGGUCUGCACCUGUGUAUCCAGCAACUGUUUCACGAAGUGGUGGUGAAACUUGGUUUGAAGUUGGACGAUCAAAGACAUAUACCCCAACAGCUGAUGACAUUGGUCAUGUCCUUAAAUUUGAGUGUGUUGUGGUUGACGCAGAGACAAAACUUACUGUGGGGCAUGGGAACACUAUACUAACUUCUCGCGUCAUUCCUGCUCCCUCGCCUAUCCCGCGACGACUGAUACCUGUUGACGGGAUGGGGCAUUUAGAUGCAGAUGGGCGUAUAACAUCGUCGGGAACUUUUACUGUUCUAUCAUACAACAUAUUGUCUGAUGCAUGUGCAUCAAAUGAUCUAUACAACUACUGCCCUUCUUGGGCGCUUUCCUGGCCAUAUCGCAGGCAAAAUUUGUUACGGGAAAUAGUUGGUUACCGUGCUGAUAUUAUUUGCCUUCAGGAGGUUCAAAGUGAUCAUUAUGAAGAAUUUUUUGCUCCUGAACUGGACAAACAUGGCUAUUAUGGUCUUUACAAGAGGAAAACAAAUGAGGUAUACAACGGCAACAUUAAUACAAUUGAUGGCUGUGCAACAUUUUUCCGUAGAGAUAGAUUUUCACAUGUGAAGAAAUAUGAGGUUGAAUUUAAUAAGGCUGCACAGUCCUUAACAGAUGCUAUGAUUCCAACCACUCAGAAGAAAACUGCCUUGAAUCGGCUGGUUAAGGAUAAUGUUGCACUAAUAGUGGUUCUAGAAGCAAAAGUUAACAAUCAGCCUGUUGAUAAUCCAGGGAAAAGACAGCUUCUUUGUGUGGCAAAUACCCAUGUAAAUGUCUACCAUGAUCUAAAGGAUGUGAAACUCUGGCAGGUUCACACUCUCUUAAAAGGAUUGGAGAAAAUUGCUGCAAGUGCGGACAUUCCAAUGUUGGUUUGUGGAGACUUCAAUUCAGUUCCGGGAAGUGCUCCUCAUGCGCUUCUUGCAAUGGGGAAGGUGGAUCCCUCACAUCCUGAUUUAGCAGUUGAUCCCCUUAAUAUAUUGCGUCCUCACAGCAAGUUGGUUCACCAGUUGCCACUGGUCAGUGCAUAUUCGUCUUUUGCAAGAACAGUUGGUCUUGGAUUUGAGCAACAUAAACGGAGACUGGACAGCACCACAAAUGAACCUUUUUUCACAAAUGUCACUAGAGAUUUUAUUGGCUCUCUUGAUUACAUAUUUUACACAGCGGAUUCAUUGGUUGUGGAAUCAUUAUUGGAGCUAUUGGAUGAGGAGAGUUUGAGGAAAGAUACAGCGCUUCCUUCUCCUGAAUGGUCCUCAGACCAUAUAGCUCUCUUAGCUGAGUUUCGCUGCUGCAAAAAUAGAUCUAGGCGUUGAGUUGUAAGGUUAGAUCCAGAGACACUUGAAGAAAAAGGAUGAAAGAAGCAUUUGGUUGAUAAGUUGUUGUAAGAGUGGUAGAUGUCUUUUUCCCAGGUAUCUCCAUGUGGAGGGGAGGUCCUUGCAAUGAUCUGCUUUGUAUUAUGCCACCUUUUGUCUCAUAGAUAAAGUAUGAUUAUGCCUUACUGAUUUGCCUCUUCGCCCAACUCCUCCCCAAUCUUUUUCCUUAUAAAGUGAAAUUUUCGUCUUACAUUUCCACUGGAUAAAUACAUGUAGAGCAAUUAACUAAUCAUCAUAUUCUCAAGCCCUUCCAAUAUAGUGGCUCAUGAGCCUGUGGCCUUAAUAUGUCCCACUACUGUAGUUAUAAUCUUCACAAUUUAGGUUAUUUUGUAUUUGGUACGGUCACCAGAAAGUUUACAAAUGUG